AUGGAGUGUGAGGCUCAUGGCAACCCAACGCCCAAGUUUCGGUGGAGUAAGGACGGCCGGCGCUUUGACCCGAACGGCGACCCUAACGUGAAGCGGCGUGGAGAUGGCUCGGGCACCUUCACCGUGGACAUGGCGGCGGUGGUGGCGGCGUCCGCGGAGUCCGACAGCGAAGCCGCAGAGGCCUACGAGGGCGUCUACCGCUGCUCAGCGGAGAACCAGGACGGCACAACGCUAACCCCAAACAUCACCGUGCGGCUGGCGCGUGCUCCCCUGUGGCCCCGUGAACAGCUGGAACCCGUCAUGGCCACCGAGGGCUUGCCGGCCGUGCUGCGCUGCCGCCCUCCCCAAGGCUUUCCUCCUCCCAUCGUCUUCUGGAUGGACGGCUCCAUGGAGAGAGUACCGCUGGAUGGGCGAGUAUCCCAGGGCCUGGACGGAGACUUGUUCUUCGCCAACGUGCUGCUGAGUGACGGGGACGACUACGUGUGCUACGCUCACUUCCCGCACGCGGGGACCAUCCAGAAGCAGCCGCUCACACUGACGGUUCAACCCAGUGAGUGGCGGCACCGCGGCGAUCGCCCCACACCGCGGGUGAGCUGGGUCAAGGUGAGCGGGGAGCUCCCACAAGACCACGUCACCUUCGGCGACUUCAACCGGAUGCUGGUGAUUCGGCACGCAUCGUUGAGCGACGCCGGUGUCUACCAGUGCCGUGCCGGCAACAGCGAGGGCCAAGCUCUGCACACCGUCACCGUCACCGUGGAAGCCAAGCCUUACUGGAUCGCUCCGGGGCGAGUGAAGCAUGUCUACGCCCCGUGGGACUCCGUGAAGCUCGCGUGCCUCGCCAACGGAAUCCCUAAACCGGUCGCCCGAUGGUUCAUCAACGGCGUCCCGAUCGACGAGGCCCCCGCUGUGCCCUGGCGAAGCGUGGACGGCGACUUCCUGACGCUCAGGGGGCUGCACAAGGGAUACACCGCCAUGUACCAGUGUGAAAGCUCCAACCGGCACGGCACCAUCCUAGCCAACGUCAUCGUUCAAGUGCUGGGUAAACCGCUCCCCACAGUCGCUGGCAGCAGCUCGGAGCCGGGAGCGGUGCCACGCGGUGAGCUGGCGUGGCCCAGCACCACGCCGGACGGCAGCAGCAGUGGCCUCUGGGGCGCCACCACCACCACCACUGCCGCCACCAAUGCCGCCACCACCACCGCCCACACCACCACCACUGCCACCACCAAUGCCGCCACCACUGCCGCCACCACCACCGCCCACACCACAACCACUGCCGCCACCACCACCACCGACACCACCACCACUGCCGAAACCACCACUGCUCAGCCUCGGAGGUGUCCCGCGAUUGUGCUCGCAUCGGGGUCGGAAGGGCUGCAGGGCUCGGAGUUCCCGCAGUCCUGGCAGGCACCCCCCGAGCAGAGCCCCUCGUCCCCUGCAGUGUCACGGCCG